UUUAUAGUUACCCCCUAAAGUUCACGUGUUUACUAUAGCUUUACUACCUGGGGCUGAUAUAUAUAUAUAUAUAUAUAUAUUCACCAUCUACCUAGUAUUUAGCUCUUCGACCCCAUUAAACGUUAACCUAGAUUUACUAGGUCUUCGCUUUUGACGAGGUUGGGAACAACCUGGUUAGGUUAGGAGGUACGUAGUGGAAUUACAAUGGAUGGCUCGACUACGAACGACAGCGGAAAUAAUAAUGUAGGGAAUACGGGUAUGGACAGUGCCACGCUGGCAGGCGUAGUUGCUACCGUAAUUUCAUUCAUCGCGUUGAUCGUCUCGUCCAUUCAGCUGUUAUACCAGUAUUAUACGAACGUCUCGCUCAAUGCGCUUGGCGCAAGAAACUGCAAUGAAAGAGUCAUGGGCCCGUGGGCUAAGCUCACUCGCCGCCGGUGGAGAUGGUUGGAAUUACGAUACGAGAUCAUAUUCGAAUCUCCCAUUCUCUUCGUUGCGCCGGCUUGGAACCAGCGCGGGCCCGUCCCAGGCCGCGAGAUCUGGUAUAUGAGCGGGACCGACGAGAGCUUUGCAGAGACCAGGACUCCGAUGCCCGUCGACUCGGGCCCGUUUCCUAGGACGACUGCCGUCCGCCACGGCGUCAAUGUCGAGGCUACGUGGGUGCUACUGCUACGAACCUUGCAGUCGAUGGAGCGCGAGAGCGGCAAAUGGCUGGAUAUCGUACGGAGUACGGAAGACUGCGAGAAACCUCUGCCUUUCGCCAGUCGCACGCUGGCCGUCGCGGCGCAGGCGCAGACGCUGUCGUGGGACUUCGUGCCAAACUUCAAGAAGCCGUUUGCCAACACGACCAUCUGCCAUAUGGUCGAAAUAGCCGCCAUGCUGGGCAUCCACUGGACCAUGUGGGACGCUACGGUAGACCGCUACCGCGCCGAGGGGAACGGGUGCAUGUUGCUGGGGUCCUUCAACGCCGAGCAGGGCAUCGUGUUCAAGUUCGUCCGGCACGACAAGACCGAGUUUCGCGAGCACCGCCUCGUUCCCAGCAAUAUAAUCAAGAGGUUGUGCUUCGGCUUUGCCCCCACCUUCUAUUUUCUCGACAAGUACGACUUCGUCCCGGAGAAGGGCGAGCGCGAAAUAGCUACGGAUCCGAUCCUGCCGCUCCUGAGGCUGGGGAGUCGGCAGGAGAUCGUCGAGACGCUUAUGGAUGUCGGAUGUCCCAUUGCUAUAUCGGAGCAUUUUCUCAGCCAAGAUGCGAGGAGCUCUCAUCUUUUUCCUAUCGUAUUUGACGUCUUAGGAAUGUUGGGCCGGUCUAUCUCCGUCGAGGGGUACUGCUACCGCUUUCUACCUAACCCGACCGUAUUUCGCUGGGAUCGCCGAUGGUUCAAGACGAAGCGUCUGCUUCUUGUUUUCGAGGAGCAUCUCCUACAGCUAAAUAGGGCCUACGCCAAAACUGGAGAUACACCGGAACCCUUACUUGCCAUCGCGUCCGCGCUCGACCGUAUAAGCCCUUACCUAGAAAACCCCAGCGUAAAGGACUACUCGCCCGCGCUGCUCGAUAGCCUGCGCCGCAUCAUGACCAUCGUGGACGGGUACUUGAAGGACUCCCCGGGGGACUGGGAGUCGCCGUCCGAGACCCUAGUGCUCGACGUAGCCAGCCACCACAUCGCCUCCUUAGUCACGGACCUCGGGCGUCGACCGUCGUGGUUCGUGGACCUAUUCCCGCUCCGUCGCGCUGACGACGGCGUCAACGAGCGCACGUAUAUUACAUUCCUGUUCCAGCACAGCCGCCGCGCCGCGACGGAGUCGCACACAGAUCUCAACGACAUCUACGGCCUACCUACUAUCGGAGAGCUGAGGGUCGAAGCGCCGUCCGCGGCGGACGCUGUCGCAACAAAGACGAAUAGCUUCCUUACUACUCCCUGGAGAAGCGACGCGAGGCUGCGCGACGCCACGUGGUGCCUGCUUGUAUUCCGCAUGCUGUGCUGGCUCCAGCUGCAUGAUUUCCACAGAGACGACGUUAUGAUUCCGCGGAGCGCGACCUACGGGAGCCGCAUGCCUGUAUAUAUCGUUUAAGCUAAGCUAGGCGGCGUUUAUAUGUGUUUCAUAGGGCCCCUACUUAUAACUCGGAUAUAAACCAAUAUACGAACGAAAGUAUAACUGAUGCAGAA